AAGAGAAGGUCCUGGAAAAGUGGCAGUCGGUCCCACCACCACCACCACCACCACUACUACCACCACCACCAUCACACCACCACCACCACCACCACCAUGAGGGAACCAGUCAUCCUUUUACUCCUUAUGGUGAUGCAAGGAGCCUAUGGAAUAUUUUGGCAUUAUCCCUUCAUGAAAAUGUUCCACCCCACGGGAUAUAACUGCAGAUAUGCUGAGCCCGGUGGAGUGAUGAUGGACCCUGAUACACAACUAGUGCCUGGACAACAUUUAACAGUGGCAUCGACAUAUGAGGUGGAAAAGCAUUAUGUUCAAUUGAGUUUCUACAUCUGUCCUGCUGAGAUACCAAAAGAAGUGAACAGGCCUUGGACAUUUGACUGUAGGAAAAGAGUCCCAGUAACCAUCAUUCAGGACAUGCACUCAGCAACACUGGACGUUAAGAUGAUGUACUACUUCAACGUAACCCUCACCACCAUCAGGAUUCCUCGCCACAUCUCAUGCAGGCGCUGUGGUCUCAUGGUGGAGGCAGUGAUGUUGCGGCACCCAACAUGCAAAGGAUCUUACAAAAUGAGGUCCUGUGCUUUCGUCAGCGUCAACAGACAUUUCCCACCAAUCUGCCCUCAAAGACCCAAUGUACAACACCUUACCACUCCAAGACCCUCAAUAACAUUCCCUCUCCCUAACAAACUACCAGGACCUUACCCUCCCCCUGCUACAAGGCCAUUCCCUUCUGAAGGAUUUGAAAGGCCAGAAGCUCCCCCUGAGAAACUCGAAAGGCCAGUACCUCCCCCAGGAUUUCCAAAGCCCUUCCCUCCCCCUGUAAGUCCUGACACCCUAUUCUCUGAAACUCCUGAGGCCGCAGGUCCUCUCUUUGCCCCUAACACCCCAGAAAACCCUUUAAGACCUGAGACCCUAUUCCCUGAAACUCAUGAGACUGCAGGUCCUCUGUUCGCCCCCAAGGCCCCAGAAAACCCUUGCCACACCCCUGACACACCUGAAAGGACUCCUACAACUACGUGUGAGACAGACAAACACAUCAUCAACUUCUACAAACCCGGAGAGGAGGAUGGUUCAAAGGCAUGCUCAGCAACACCUAGCAAUGGAGGCGUCAGGUUCACACUCAAACACUUCCCCGAGAGUCCAAAGGGAGAAAAGACCCCAUCCGCACGCCAUUACACUUCCGAGCUGAGUGACGAACUGCUACAUGAGACACACUCCGACAAUGAGGAGUCUGCUGAUGUACAUAAGGACAUGAGAUUGCUGGACCCAGGUUUCAUCCCUCAUUACCCAGACAGCACUGCAGAACGCCAAUUCCUUCCAUCACAGUUACCUACAAAGGCUGGCAAUGUAGAGUACCCAAAUUCCAACCCAAUUCCACCACCUCAUCCCUUACCCUAUAAAUCCACUCAGUCACCAGAUCAACAUGACAACCCAGGAUUUCACGCAGAGUUCAGCGAGGAGGAAGGUUAUCAUCGCAGCUACAGUAGGGACCACAGCAGCCUGGAUGAAAGCGAUGGGAUAGGCUAUAGAUCGAAUGGAUUGUCGCACUUCCAUGAUGACUAUAUGGAAGGGGAGCACCCACGAUCAGCACAGCCCUCAACAGUACCCGCUAACCCUGGUAAGAAAUAUCUGCCAUAUUUUCUAUAACGACACACCACUGACCUAACCGGCUCAAUCUUAGUGAAUGUCUGGAACUAGUAAGGCUGGAAAUACUGUGGAAAUACACCAAAAAAAUGCAAAAGACUAUCAUCAAGAAAUUAUGAAAGCUAGAAAGUGCAAUAUCUGGAACUAAACUUGAAAGAAACCUAACUUAAACUAACGUAACUUACCUGAAAAUACCCAGAACUCUCAAACAUCAGGAAUUUACGAGUCUGGAAAGCAUGAAAACUCUAUCAUGAGGAAAUUAUGAAGCCUGGAAAGUACAAUAUCUAGAAUUAAACUUGAGAGAAACCUAACCAAACCUAACCUAACUUAACUGAAAAUACCAAAUGCUCUAUCAUCAAGAAUUUAUGAGAUCUGGAAAGCAUGAAAACUCAAUCAUCGGAAAAUCAUGAAGGCUAGAAAG